AUGGAACUUGAUAAAAUUUCAACUCCAAUUGAAUGGAAAUUCGUUGCCAAAGGUGGCGCAAAUGUGUUAUUUAAAUAUACCGGAAAUAAUGAAUUGUUAAGACUGAAACUUUUAAGACUAAGGAUUUCCAAACCAGAAUCAAUACCAACUAAACAGUUGUACGAAUUCACUGAAUCAAAAUGCAAACCAAUAUUUCAAGACAAGUUAAUUGAAUCUGAAAUAAUAACUGUACCAACUGAGUUUAUACUGAAAUUGGAUUCCCCUGUUGACAUUAUUGAACCUUGGGGUUUGUUAAUGCCAAAUAUGUUAGAUGGCACUUUUUCAACAUUAGAUUUAUCAAAAUGGUGUCAAUUACAUUGUGAUUUGGGAAGUGCCAAAGUAAUAUUAGAGCUUAAACCAAAGUGGCUUUAUGAUUGCAAAACCAAUUAUUGUCGCACAUGUCUGUUGAGCCAAUCAAGAGGACACGCAAGACAUUUCUGUCCUCUUGAUUUAGUAUAUGAUCCUGAUUCUGCUACGAAUGAUUUGUUUAAGAAAGUUCCCCAUGAUACCCUAAGUGCAAUAGAAUCCACAAUUCCCGUACGCAAAUUAUUCAAAGAGUAUUUGGAGGAUCCAGAUAAUAUAUUUCAACAGUUGAAGACACUUCAAGAAAUUGCAAACGAAGAAGAUUUGAUUGAAAAUUUAACAUGUGCUGAUGAUGUUCUGGAUAGGCUAUCGUUCAUAAUGACAUUGAGGGAUGUAGGCGUAUUCAUAAAGUUUCAACAAGUGGGUAACAACUUUUCAACCACUUGCAAGGUGUAUGACUUAGAUUUAAAAUCCAAUGAUAAGUGUUCUCAUUGGGUCAAAAUUGAACAGAGGCUAAAAGAUUAUUACAAUUCAACUAAUGAAAAUUGGAGACACUGUACAAAGAGUAAUCACUUAGCUUGA